CCGCGGGCUUUACGACGGCGUGCGCGGCAGCACUCGGCAGCGCCCGAGGCGGCUGGCGGGGUCAUGGCGGCGGCGGCGCGGGUGCUGCCCGCCUCGCCCAACUGGUACAGCAGCCGCUGCAGUGACGCCAGCGGGGACGGCCGCCUCUUCGGCUUCGGGGCGAGGCACAGUAUCUGCCUCCUGGACGUCGGCAGUGCCGCGCCCGCUUUCUACGGGGAGCUCGUCGGUCACACGGAGAGGGUCUCCGGGUUCGCCUUUUGCCACUACCCCGGGCAGAGCGGGCUCUGCGCUAGUAGCUCCGACGACGGGACGGUGAAAGUCUGGGACACACAGACUCUGUCGCCGGUGGUGGAGCACACGUUGCACCAGAAUACAAUCUCUGCAUUGCACUGGUCGUCUCUUGUGAAAGAUUUGGUUGUAUCCGGUGAUGAAAAAGGUAUAAUCAUUUGUUACUGGCAUAACAGAAAUGAGAGCCAACAAUUCUUCCCAGAGCCUCGGACAAUUUUUUGUCUCACUUGUUCUCCUCAUGAUGAAAACCAGGUGGCUAUUGGCUACAAGGAUGGCAUGGUGGUUAUAAUUGAUAUCAGCAGGAAAAGAGAAGUUCUUCAUCGGCUAAGAGGCCAUGACGAUGAAAUACACUGUCUGGCCUGGUGCCCUGUAUCUGGUGAAGAAAGGUUACCUGCUUGGCAAGAUGAUCUCCAAGAAGAAAGUGAAGUUUCAAAUGGGGAGCUGACCCAAGAUAUGGCCAUGAAGAAAGGUUGUUACCUGGCUUCAGGAAGCAAAGAUCAGACCAUACGAAUAUGGAGCUGUACUAGAGGCAGAAGUGUAAUGACUUUGAAGUUGCCACCCAUGAAGAGAAGAGGUGGAGCCAUUGAUCCCACUGUUAAAGAGCGCAUUUGGCUGACUGUUCACUGGCCUUGCGGUCGUUCCAAAGAAAUUGUAUCCAGCUGUUUUGGGGGAGAAUUGCUACUCUGGGAUUUGACCCAAUCUGGGAAACGCAAGUGGACACUUCUAGGAUCUUCAGAAGGACAGAAUCACUCACGAAUUGUGUUCAAUCUGUGCUCCCUGAAGGUUCAAGACAAAGAGCUACUUUUUUCCAUUUCAAUGGACAGAGAUGUGAAGUGUUGGGACCUAUCAACUCUUGAUUGUAGCUGGACAAUGCCCUCGCUUGGGGGAUUUGUCUAUAGUCUUGCCUUCUCCCCUGUGGACACAGGCUGUCUUGCCAUCGGUGUUGGGGACAGCAUGAUACGGGUGUGGAAUACUUUGUCCAUGAGCAAUACCUAUGAUGUUAAAACCUUCUGGCAAAGCAUAAAGUCCAAGGUUACAGCAUUAUCCUGGCAUCCAACAAAGGAAGGCUGUUUAGCUUUUGGAACAGAUGAUGGAAAAGUUGGCAUAUUUGACACCUUCUCCAGCAGCACUAAGAAUAAGCCACCUCAGAUCUCCAGUACUUACCACAAGAAGACUGUAUACACAUUAGCCUGGGGCCCUCCAACUCCUCCUCUAUCUUUUGGAGGAGAAGGUGAACAGCCCUCUGUAACCUUAUAUAGCUGUGCUGGUGAAGGUAUUGUUUUUCAACACAACCCAUGGAAGCUUAGUGGAGAAGCUAAUGACAUCAACAAAGUCAUCAGAGAAACUAAUUCAAUCAAACACAAAUUGCCUGCACAUACUGAGAUCAGCUGGAAACCAGAUGGCAAACUUUUGGCUCUUGGUAAUGAAGAUGGCUCAAUUGAAAUAUUUCAAGCUCCAAACUUGAAAUUGCUCUGCACUAUCCAGCAACAUCAUAAACUGAUAAACGCUAUUCGUUGGCAUCAUGAGCAUGGGAGCCAGCCAGAGCUGAGUUACUUGAUAGCUUCGGGCUCAAUUAAUGCUACUAUUUAUGUGCAUAAUCUGAAGAGCAUCGUAGAGAGCUCUUCAGAAACUCCUCUGACAAUAACAGAGCCUUUUCGAACUCUGGCGGGGCACACAGCUAAAAUCACAAGUCUUUCUUGGAGCCCCCACCAUGAGGCAAGAUUGGUAUCUGCUUGCUAUGAUGGCACUGCACAGGUAUGGGAUGUUAUGAAAGAAGAGCCACUCUGCAACUACCGAGGCCACCGGGGCCGGCUACUGUGUGUCCAGUGGUCACCAGUGGAUUCAGAUUCUGUUUAUACAGGAGCAGAUGAUUUUUCUGUUCAUAAAUGGCUCAUCUCAAAGCAGGAGCAUACACGGCCUCCUCAGGGCAAGAAGAGCAUAGAAUUAGAGAAGAAAAGAAGUAUGCAACCCAAAGCCAAAACAAAGAAGAAGAAAAAGCCAAUAGGAAAGAGUCCAGGCAAGCAGGAUCUGAGUGACACCAUGAAUGGAGAUGAAAGUGUGAAGGAAAUUUUGCUAGAAGAAAAUGGAGUGUCAGACCAUGAAGGGGAAAAAGAAGCUCAGGAGGCAGAGUUGCCUGAUAAAAUCUCCACGACAGUGUCCAAGGAUACCUCUUCAUAUGCAUCUGAUUAUUUUUCAUUUGGCUUGCCAAAGCCUUUAGUGACCCAGAAAGCCACUCUUGUGAAAAAGGAUCAGCCUAAAGAGAAAACAGGUCCUGACUCCUCUCUGAAGAAGAGGAAGCCUCGUUCAAUUUUGCCCUUCUCCACAUCCAUGGAUCACAGAUCAAAAGAUGAAUUGCAUCAGGACUGCUUGAGGCUUGCUGCGUGUCUGAAAUCCAAAGGGUUUGAUAAUGAGGGUUUGUCCUCUGACCUCGGGGAUCAUGUCCACUUGGGGCUGUUCACAGACAGGGUUUCUCUGCACAAGAUGAUGGAUGUGGAAGGAAAAUAUCAUUUGGAGAAUGGACAUCCAGAGCUCUUUCAGCAGCUCAUGUUGUGGAAAGGAGAUCUGAAGGGCAUCCUCCAGGCAGCUGCUGAGAGAGGAGAGCUGACAGACCAGCUGGUAGCAAUUUCGCCCAUGGUUGGAUAUCAGGCUUGGGUUUGGACAGUAGAAGCCUUUGCAAAGCAGCUGUGUUUUCAGGAGCAGUAUGUGAAGGCUGCGUCCCACCUCCUGUCCAUCCAUAAAGUGUAUGAGGCUGUUGAGCUCCUGAAAGUGAACCACUUCUACAGGGAAGCUAUUGUAAUUGCUAAGGCCAGGUUGCGUCCAGAAGAUCCAGUCCUGAGGGAUCUCUACAACAGCUGGGCAGCUCUUCUAGAGAAAGACGGUCAUUAUUCCAUGGCUGCCAAAUGUUAUUUAGGGGCUUCCUCGCCAUAUGAUGCAGUCAAAGUGCUGGCAAAAAAGGGUGACGUGACAUCCCUUAAAACUGCUGCUGAGCUGGCUCUGAUAUCUGAAGAGGAGGAGUUGUCAGCAACUUUGUCUUUCAGAUGUGCCCAAGAGCUGCUGUCAUCCAGGAACUGGGUGGGGGCUCAGGAAGUCCUUCAGCAACAGAAAACUUUAUUUGGACAAAGACUUGUUUUCUGCCUUAAUGAAUUGCUUUGCAAGUGCCUUAGUGAAAGAAAUCCAUUUGAUCGGAAGAGCCUUUCAUCUCCCUGUUACCACAGCUGGGAGUUGAACAAAGAGGCCUCAUUUCUUGAUAUGGUGAUGGAAGUCUGGCAGAGUGCAUUGGGCAUGAACACCACUGAACAAGCCACAUGUGCACAGGAGCAGCUGCGCAAUAUUGAGUACCCUCCUUCAACCAGCAAUACACACCCCAAGCAGCUGCUUUUCCAUAUCUCCCAUGACCUGACCCUUGCGACGCUGAGCUAUCAGACCGCUACAUGGGAUGAGGCAGUGAAAAGUAUUCUUGGAGCUGUGACCCGCAGUUAUGAUGCUGGUAAUUUCACUUUGAUGCAAGAGAUCUGCAGUAUCCUCCUUCCUGAAGGCUGUGAUAACCUGAGACAGAAACUGGACAGCACAGGUUCACAGAGCAUGGAUGCUUGCAGAAGUUUAGAGGGCUUUGUGGCUUAUGGACUGCUGUAUGACCUGUGGUGGAAUCCACCCAAAGACUGUGUUGCAAAAGACUUUCAAAGGGCUGUCUUGGAUCCUCUGCUGUGUCCAAGUGAGAAGACGGCUCUUGAACAGAGUUACAUUUCAGGCUGCUCCUCCCCUGAAGAAACUGCUGAUCAAUGUGCAGUUGAGAUGGAUGAAAACCUUCACAUUACAACUGAACUUCACAGGUGUGAGACAGAAAGUGACUCAAGAGCUAGCUCAGUGGAUUUGGAAGACAGACAGUCAAAACUGAGUGGCUGCAAAGUGCUUCUUUCAGAAGUGAUUGCUGCUUUGCAGAGUACCCAGAGAGAUAUAGCAGAGGUCCAGCAGAUUUUAGCAGAGAUGAUCCGGCAGCAUCAGAGGAACAAUCUACAGGGAAGCACAAAUGGAAGCACACAGGAAAGCAAGCUGCAGCAGAGUUCAGAGACUGAAUCAGACAAGCCAUGCUCUGACAGCAGCCAGAUGAAGUGUAAAGCUGAAAUAAAGGAACCAAUAACCCUCCCUGAGCUAACGAAGCAGCUUCUAAAAGCAAACCAGAAGCUAGCAGAAUUUCCAGACAGUUUAAAGGCCUUCCCUUUCCCUGAUGUGCUGGAGUGCUGUCUUGUACUCCUUCACAUUGGAUCCGAGUGUCCUCCUGAACUACAUGAACAGGCAUUGGACCUUCUUAGGAAACAUGGUUGUGCUAACAUUUAUGAAAAAGCUGGCAGGAAGUUCUUGAUCUGAUGUUUUAAGACCAGGCUGUCUCCCUUGUGCUGUCCACAGCUAAACACCAAGGCUGUUCUUUCUUCAAGUGAAAGCUUGUUUCAAUGGACACGGUAAUUGUUGAAGAGUAUUGUUCUGGAUAAAAUUACAAAAAAAAAAAUUCAGGUUUAUAUACAGACUCUCAUGGUCAUUCACUGCUACUACUAAAUAAGAUUGUGCUUGAAAAUAGAAAAGCAGUAGAUUUUGGCCUUGAACUGUAUACAAGAUUUUUGUAUAGUCUUUCUUUUUAUUUGUGGGAAGUUAUGCCAAGGGACACUCUUGGAAUUUACAUGCAACAGAAGGAGUUUUAAGCAGUUACAUCAGUCUUUCAGCAGAGGAAAAGUUGUAGCUGCCCUCUGGAAAAAUAAUAGUUUCUUUAAGCAGUCUGACGUUUAAGCCAGUAUUGUUCUUGCAAGCAUUGUGAAUUUAUUUUUGUUCUUUAAAUAAAAGUCUUCUACAGCUA